AUGAGCGGGUGUCAGAAGUCACCAGAACAGACGUUAAAUCUCAGAGUCGACUCACGACCAACUUGUGUUACAUUGACGAAGUCAAGCGAUGGUGUAUGCUAUCUUGUAACGGGUGACACAAAUGGUAACGUUUGCUUUUAUUUGAACGGAACUCGUGUUAUGAGAUAUGCUUGUCCCAUUAUAUGUUAUGACAAAGCGGUAACUGCACUUGCUCAUGGCAACUUGCUGAACAAGAGCGAUGAAGAGGAGAAUUUGGUUAUUAUUCAUGCUGACGGCUGUUUGCAAACAAUAACUUUCCCGAAGUUGGACUGCCAAGAAAUCAGUAUUUCAAGAUCCCCUACUGAAACAUUUUUUGAUUUAUUGGAUGUAAAUAUUUGCAAUGCAGUAGUGUGCGACAUCGACAGCGACAGCAAUAAUGAAUUGGUAGCGGUUUCUGUUAACGGCGUAGUUCGUUCCUAUCGUUUCGAAGUCGAGGGGGACGGAGGUCUUCAACAAAUACAGUUAUGGGACUUCCAACAUAAUAUUAUUUUCUUUUCUCUUGGGCUGUGUCAAAACAACUUCUUCACUGGCUUUGUUCUCUUGAACACUUGGGCAAUUUACAAAAUAGCUUUCUCUCCAGACGUUAUUGGUUUGGAUCUUAUCAAAUUGCUUAAAGAGCUGAUCACUGUAGGAUUGAAGCCCUGUGAGCUUGUCAACAGAGAACUAAAGAAAGUCGGGCAGGAUCGAAUAACCUGCAUUGGAACGACUGUUUUUCGCAAUGGGACACAGGUCGUCGUAACGACGGAUUGUGUGGGAAACCUAUGUAUUUACAGAUCGGAAAUAGAAAAAAAAAUGGUAGACGGUGAAGGCAACGAAAUGCAGGCUGAAGGGGUUCUCCUUGCUGAGGUGUCAAAGAUUGGCAAUGAACAAAGUUCAGGCUCACUUCGGAAGCUGUCUUUGAAUUCCCAUUCUGAAAACUUGUCUUUCGAGUUUCGUAGUUGUGGUGCUACUGGUUCAAUCAGUUCAGAUAAUAGUUAUAUAUCAAGAGAAAUAAGUCAGAAAUUCGGCAGUGAACUAGCGCACGACACCCAAAAAAACUCUCUUAGUUUCAAUAAAUGCGAUGGGAGACGUGCAGAGUGCAGUUUAGAUUCAGUUGACGACGAACUCUGUGUGGCACCAUCUUUAUGCAAAAGACCAGAGAAUUGCAAUUCACCUUGCCUGAUAUGGAUGCCAAGCAUAUGCAGCAGACUUAACAUUAUUCCUGUAGGUUUGUCAGUUCUUGAAGGUGUAGAAAGCGGUUGUCUAUUAAUUGGAGUUGUUUCUCUUUACAAACGAGUUCAUCUUUACCGUUACAAAUUUUAG